AUGCCUCGAGGAUUUUUGGUUAAGAGAAACCGGCGAUGCUCAGCGUCAUACCGGCUGAGGAACAACAGUACCAACAAAGCUGCAACACAUGACGGCGACAGGAGCAGCAGUGACAACCCUGAAACAAGCAAACCGCAGGUGUUGAAGGAGAACGAUGUGUUGAGUGUCUUCCCGUUUGAACGGCCGGAUGGACUGCUCCCGGUGUCCCGCGAGGACUCCGCCGGUGUCAGAGAGGCGUGGAGCCCACACAUGGAGUCUGCGCUGGAGGCUGAAGCGGACCGGCGCGCGCAGUUACCGGAGACCGAGGAGCAGGUGAGCGAGGUGGACGUUUUGACUCCUGAUGGAGAUUUCUCCUGCUUCUUCCCACCUCCACCUCCACGCGACCCGACAUUAACGGAGUCUUGCAGUCCCGUGAAACCGGUCGGCACGAGACUGCUGGAGCAGCAAGAGGAAGGAGAGAAGCAACUGUUGUUUCCCGGCAGGUGCCUGACAUCGUCGCCGGUGUCGGAGUUACCGGAGCUGCCGUUCCUGGUGAGCUCCACUCAAACCUCGGUGUCCGCUUCCAUCGAGAGGCUUCUCGCGAGCAGCAGCCGCCACCAUGCGCCAUCCUACGGUCACAAUGACAAAUAUGACCCGAGUAUGACUCACGUGCACUUGUUCCCGCCACUGACGCUGAUGAACCAGGAGCAGCAUCACACGGGGAGAAAACACUCGUACCUUGAAACGGAUCAACGAUUGAACAGCAACAGACACCACAAACAAUCAGCGGGAAAUCCGUCAAAGAAACCCAAAGUAAACCGGAAACUCAACUUCGAGGAUGAGGUCACGACCUCGCCGGUUUUGGGUCUGCGGAUCAAGAAGGAGAGCCCCGAGCUGAGGAGACAGCGGGAGAAGUCGUCUGCUCCCACCGGGAAUCAACCGCUGGGAGAAUUCAUCUGUCAGCUCUGUAAAGAGGAGUACCCCGACCCUUUCUCCCUCGCGCAGCACAAGUGCUCUCGCAUAGUGCGCGUGGAGUACCGGUGUCCCGAGUGCGACAAAGUCUUCAGCUGCCCCGCCAACUUGGCCUCCCACCGCCGUUGGCACAAACCCCGUCCGGUAAACAACCAAGGAGCAGAGACAAACAAGAGCCAGCCGUUAAAAGAGGCACGAGGGCUCAUUCAGCACGAUAGGCAGCCGUUGGAGAUGGAGGGCAAAGAGAACGAGCUGCUGCGCAUUAACACGAAUCAGCACCACAGAGCGCUGGACAGCUCCCGCGUCAGGCGUGAGCCGUCCCUGCUCCUGCUUCACGGUCGGUCUCGUGACAGCCCCGACAACGACAGCCUCGCGCCUCCUCACUAUGAUUCCUCGCCUCAUUACCGUAACCCGGGGGAGAGCUGUCUGGAUCUGCAGCAGCAGGUGAGAGCGGCGGACAGCCCACCGUCCAGUCUCCUGCUGCUGAAUGGCAACCCAGAGGAGCGCGCGGACCUGCCCCAGCAGCAGCCACCGUCACUCUCUCAUCCUCCUUUACCGUUUGUCCAGUCGUUACCGGAGGAGGAAGUGUACGAGUGCCGGUACUGUGGGAAGAAAUUCCGCCGACAGGCUUACCUCAAGAAACACCUGGCCGCACACGAGAUGACAGCAGCAGCGUCUCCGCCCCCACCAUCUUAUGGUCAGGCGCGCGAGAACAGCGGCGGACAGAGCCAAGUGUUCCUGUGUCACCUGUGCGGCGCGCGCUUCCCGUCGGUUGAAAUCAGGGACAAGCACCGUCUGUGGCACGCGAUGAGGGACGAGUUGUUGGCGGGAACACUGGGAGGAGGACUCAGGCCAGACGUUUUCCACGCGCACAGAGAGGAAAGCGGCACUGGGGAAUGCGAGCAGCAGCAGCAGCAGCAGCAACAGAUCUUUACUUGUAAACACUGUCCGUCCACGUUCUUCAGCUCCCCGGGGCUCACGAGACACAUCAACAAGUCUCAUCCCACCGAGAACCGGCAGGUGAUGCUGCUGCAGAUGACCGUGCGGCCGUAGAUACAGACACUGAAGCAAACAGAUUGAUAAG